GUCUCCUCCCCUCAUCCCGCCGCGUGCCAAUGGGCCUCUCAGAUAUAUGGACGCAAUGGGGACCUCGGGGGAAUGGUGGCGACGAGCACCCUGACGGCGAACGCGCCUCUCCCGAGUUCACAGGCAAGGCGGUGGUCAUUGGCCUCGCCAUAGGCUGCUUGCUAUGCUUCACGAACCUGUACUUCGGCCUGCAGACCGGCUGGAUUAGUAUGAUGUCCCUCCAGUCCGCACUCAUAGGCUUCCUCAUCUCGCGUCUGCUCCCCACACCCCUGAGCGCGCAGGAGCUCAUAGUCGUCCAGACCACCGCAGUCGCAACAGGAACUAUGCCGCUCGCGGCAGGCUUCGUGGGCAUCCUCCCUGCGCUAGGCCUCCUCUCAGAAGACCGGGACGGCGUACCCCCCAUACACCUCUCAUGGUGGAACGCCAUAGCCUGGUCCCUCUCCGUGGCUUUCUUCGGAGUGUUCUUGUCCCCGCCGAUUCGCAAGCAAGUUAUCAUAGAAGAGAAGCUGGCCUUCCCGUCCGGCACGGCUACGGCGCAGCUCAUCUCGGUCCUUCAUAAGUUACCCCCGCCAGAUACCGAAGGACUGCACAGGCGCCGAGGGUACCAGCACAUCAGUGCGGAGGACCCAACCAUCCACGACGAAGCGACGUCCGUGGAAAUCGAAGACGAGGACGUCGAUGAGGAGACACCUCUCUACAACGUUUCCAGCACGGUACAAAAUGACGGCUGGCGCACGCUCACAUGGAGCUUCUUUGCGUCAAGCGCGCUCACUCUCUUCGCAUACUUCUUCCCCGUCACCUUCGCCUUGCCCCUAUUUGGCACCGCGUUGGCUAGCCACUGGCUUUGGUACUUCACCCCCAGCUUGUCCUACGUCGGACAAGGAAUCAUUAUGGGGUUCCCAACGACGCUCAGUAUGAAUCUGGGCAUGUUCGUAGGCUGGGCAAUCCUAUCCCCAAUAUCCAAACACAACGGCUGGGCCCCGGGACCGGUUGGUGAUAUGACCACAGGCGCCAGAGGAUGGAUCCUCUGGACCUCCCUCGCCAUAAUGUGCACGGACAGCCUCGUCUCCCUCCUUCCCGUCAUCUACGAAUAUGUCGUCGAUGUCUACUCCCGCCUUCGCUCGCGCGGACACCGCUCAUCCGCCGACGGCUACACUCCCACCUCAUCCGGUCGUUCAGCCUCUGCAGGCGCACAGGGUCGCUCUGUCUCCUCCGACCGACACCCCUUCGGUGCCUACCCAAAUCUCAUCCACCCUGCAAGUCACCCGAACGCAAGCUACUCAAAUGCAAGCUACUCAAACGGAAGCUACAACAAGGAAGACAGCGAGGUCGAGACCCCCGACCGCCUCGUGCCCUACAGCUGGGUGCUCUGGGGCCUUGGGGCCAGCGUCCUGUUCGGCACGAUCCUCGUGUGGGCCGUAUUUGGGCACGAGGGGAUUAAGCCGUGGGCUACGUUGCUUGGGUUCGCGCUGGGUGGGCUGUUGAGCGUGCUGGGCGUCCGCGCCCUCGGCGAGACCGAUUUGAAUCCUGUCUCCGGUCUAGGCAAGAUCUCGCAGCUAGUCUUCGCGUGGGUGCAGCCGGGCAAUAUCGUCGCGAACAUCAUCGCUGGCGGUGUAGCGGAGGCAGGCGCGCAGCAAGCGGGUGACCUCAUGCAGGACUUGAAGACUGGGCACCUUUGCGGCGCGUCACCGAGAGCGCAGUUUUAUGGACAACUCAUCGGCUCGACGGUCUCGAUUCUGGUCACGACGACGGCGUUCAGCUUGUACACACGCGCGUACGAAAUUCCCGGACCGUCGUUUCCGGCGCCGACAGCAUACGUCUGGCUAAGCCUGGCGAGGCUGCUGCGCGACGGUACCCUUCCUGUCAAAAGCGGCAUCUUCAUGCUCGCCUUUGGCCUCCUCUUCGCCCUCAUCGCCGCCCUCAAGACCUACGCUACCCGCGCCUCCCGCCCCUGGGCUAAAUACGUCCCCUCCGGCGUCGCCUUCGCCAUCGGCUUCCUCAACACGCCGUCCUUCUCCAUCGCGCGCCUCAUCGGCGGCAUAAUCGAGCAUGUCUACCGCACGCGAUACGCGAGGGGACGCGAGGAUAUUUGGUUGAUUGUUGUCGCUAGUGGGUUUGUGCUGGGCGAGGGCGUAGUGAGCGUGGUGUCGCUGGUGCUGAGGACGUGCGGGGUGGGGGUGGCUAGUUGUUGGGGGUGCGGGCAUGGGAUGUGUGGGGGGUGUCCGGCGCAUUGAGAGGUGGGCGAUAGUGAAGGAGGAUGACGGUGGUAUGUAUGGACUGGGUAUGUUCAGUUAUGUAUCUGGAAUGUCAGGUAUUUAUGCAUGGCAGUAUGAUGGAUACUGUAUCCUUGAGCGGACGGGGGCCUCCACUGUUCGGGUUUAGAGCUAAUUCACUGCAUCGUCG